GCCAACCCUCCACCUCCUCGCUCACACAGGAGAUCUCUUCAGCUCCUACAAGCUCAAGCACACUAGUACCAAGCCAGGCAGUCACCAUGGACGCGGUGGAGUCCUCCUCGCCCUACUCGCCGCCCUCGCUGCGCCACAAGCUGCGGACCACGGUAUGCGGCUGCUUCGGCUCGCCGUCCUCACCAGGCAGCGGCGGGGAGAGGCCGCACACCGGCGGCGGCAGGGCCAGAUGGAGGAGACGCGUGGCGGCCGCGGGGGAGUUCCGGUAUAACCCGCUCAGCUACGCGCUCAACUUCGACGACGGCAGCAGCGACGACGGCGACGCCGACGCGGAGGACGCCGCCUUCCGGCGCAGAAACUUCAGCUCGCGCCUGCCGCCAUCGCCGGUGCCAGCCUCCCGAGCCCUUGCCAUUGCCUGAACUGAAUUGUACUCCAUUAGCGAUCAUCCUUUUUAACUUUUUGUAGCUUCUGGCUCUCUGAUUCUUCUUCUUCUUUGAGCGAGACUGAAUCACUAAAUCUGUAAAAGCAGUUCAGUUUAUGGAGAUUUUUUAUACGGCCUGGAAAACGUACAUACCGAGGAGUAGCAAUAGCAUCAUGUACUUGUAUACAUACAAGAAUCAAUCAGUCAGUCUAUUUUAAUGUUU